AGCGCUUCGUUGGGCUCGUCGCCCGCCAUCUUCUCGUGAGCGGUGUUGAUACCGUCGUUGCUUGAUUCGUUUAAUUAAGCUCGUGCCGUUCUGGGUUAUGGUAGCUGCCGACCACGGGGAAUCGGAGAGCCGAAGCUCCUCUCCAGCUCUCGGUUUCCCCCGCCCGCGAUUCUUCCGGUUUCGCCGAUUGAGGUGAGGUGAGGUGAGGUGAGGCGCUCGCCGGAUCGGGUCCUACGGGGUUGAAACCUAUUCUGCUGCGUGUUGCUCUCUUUUGUUGCGAUAUCCCAAUGCCGAACUCGAAGACAAGUCACCGGAGAGGUCAGGAGGCCUGGAAAGACCAGAGCCGGAGGGGGAGGUCGACGGAGAAGGCCUCGUCGUUUCACGGCAGGUACCCGGUUGCGAUGGAGGAGGCGAAGCAGCUGCGGCGCCCCAGGACGCUUCCGGACCUGCGCUCCACGGCGGCCUCGAUAAAGCCCUCUAGCUCCGGGGCCAGCGUGGCGGCGGAGGAGAGACCGAGGCUGACGAAGCUCCUCCUCAACGUGACCAUACAGGGGAGCCUGGGGCCUGUCCAGGUGGUAAUGACGCAGGAUUCUUCGGUCGCUGAUCUGAUUGCGACCGCCAUGCGGCAGUACGUGAAGGAAGGGCGGCGGCCGGUGCUGCGGUCAGCCGAUCCCGCCGGCUUCGACCUCCAUUACUCGCAGUUUAGCUUAGAAAGUCUUGGGAGAGAUGAGAAGCUGAUGACGUUGGGAUCACGGAACUUCUUCCUCUGUCCACGGAAGCCUCCCGCGGCCGAGACGGACGGGGCUACGGCGACGCCGGCCGCUUCCUGCUCCAAGGAAGCCGAGAAGGCCACGAAGACGGGCUCUAAUUGGCUCAAGUUCAUGGCCUUCUUACUGUGAUUCCUGCGCGCCGCUAUCCAUAGUUCUUAUUUUGUAACUAAUGCUAUUCUAUUAAUCGGAUUAUUGUUAGAAUGUGUAUGGUGAAAUUACACAAGUCUAGAAUUGUUUGCUCGAUUUUAUUAGAGCUAUUUUUAAUUUUUAGACCGGUGAAUGAAAUUGCAAAUGCAAUGCGUUCAUUCAAUUGUUAAAUUCGGUCACGUAGUUGGACAGUAUGCGUGUACAUAUAUAUAGAUAUCGUGUUUCUCAAUUUACCUCCGUC